UUGACAUUUCUUAUUAAUUUUAGAUCCAAGAAAGAAAUUAUUCAUUUUCUCUCACUGGAAGUCUCACCCGAGCGGGUAACCAUUAUGGAGGAGCUUGGUCGAGGGGCUUUUGGCAGGGUUCAUAAGGGUGUGGUGAAGGAAAUACCAAAACCAAAUGUAGAUUACAAGAACAGCCAACGAACAUUGGACAAAAACGAAGGACGAAUUAUCGCUGUUAAAGUUCUUCUUGGUGAGUUACUUAUAAUUAGAAUAAUAAUAAUAAUAAAAUAAAAGACCUAAUGCAGUGGCGGAUCCAGGGAGGGACCCGAGGGACGGCCCCCCUUAUUUUUAGACCAAACCCCUUAUCUCAGGGUCUGGAUGACCGACCCACCCCCCUCCCAACUUCCUGAAGGUUUGGAUCCGUCAACGCAAAAAAAAACAUCUUGUACGCGUACCUUGAUACGUAAAUGUUGAAAUUGUAUUAUAUUUAGAAGUAAGAUAUGAAGAAUUAAGCAGAUCGAGGAGGGUGUUAUCCACCGAGGCCGAAGGCUGAGUUAGAUAACACCCUCCGAGAUCUGUUUAAUUCUUCAUAUCCUACGAAAGCCAAAUUCAUUAAUUGUUUUAAUUGUUUUCAUUCAAAAUAAUUCCUAGUUUAAAAACAUAGCUAAAACGUGCUUACUUGCAUCAAUGUUAAGUUCAUCUUCGAUAGUGUACUUUAGUAUAGUAUUGUCGUUAACGGUUUAUGAUUAGCAGGAGUAAUUUCCGUUGGCUAUCCAGAGGAGCUUGAUGUCAAAGUUUGUCAGAGGCCUUUUUGAAGACUUUUUCUCAGGCAAAAAAUGAACGGCACCAAGGGAGCUCUGCCUGUUCCUCUGAAAAGGGUGAUCUUUCCUACCCGAUAUUCUUGUUUUUUUGUUGUUGUUGUUGUUGUUGUUUUUUUUAGAAAAUGCUGGAGAGGACGAAAAACGACAGUUUCUUCAGGAAAUUGACCUUAUGAAGGACAUUGGCUCGCAUCCAAACAUUCUAAACAUAUUCGGCUUUUGGGUUCGGUCAGAGCCCAUCAUGUUGAUCAUGGAGUAUGUUCCUCACGGAGAUCUUCUGCAAUGGCUUAGAAACAAACGGCAGCAGGUAAAGCUGGUUUAUAUUCAUCGAUUUUAGCCAUUUUCACUUUUUCGAAUAUCAACUUUUGGAAUCCAUUUUGCCGCCAUGUGCAGUCUCGGUUUCAUUCUUCGCGGGAUACGGGUCAGCUUAUUUGCAUAAGUUUGCACGCCGAGAUAUAUAUCGAAACUGCAUUCGCACGAGAUCCCCACACAUCGAUUUUGAUUUGUUAACUGCGGACACAUACCUUGCAUUAGCACAUAUAUAUUGUAGUAUAGUGUAGUUAACCGUGUAGAGAAAAUAACCCUUUUAAUCUUGCAAAUUGCUUUACUAAUUCCAACUAGAAUAUUUGUAAGGCUAACUCCGUAUGACCUAUACUUGCAGUUUACAAAGAAGAAAAAUGAUCAUACUGAUGUCCUUGAAAUACUUGAGCCGCCUGCUCCUGUGAGACCAAGAUUGAACCCUGCAAAGGAAGAAGGGCCGGAGGAAGACAUGGAUGGGUGGGAAAUAAAAGAAGAAAAGGACGAAAAUGAAAAACAAGGGGGAAAUGACUCCAAGCAAAUGCUAGAACGACAAAACCCUCAGACAUCAAAGAAAACAACAUUUGAUGACAAUGUUGAAGGCCAACUUGAAAUACCACCCCAGUUUUCGAUAUUGGAAGAAGACUCAACAUCACCGGGUCAGAGCUUGAGAAAUCAACUAGAAGUUCCUACGAGCAUUACUAUGGCAGGGGGCGAAAGACCCACUUAUCAGCUCACGACGUUUGAGGAACCAAAGGGAAGCGAUGAAAUUAGCUUUAUCAUAGAGAAAGAGGAUAGAAACAAAGAUGCUAAUGGAAAGCAUGAAGAAAUAGAAAGUUUGGAAAAUGUCAAAAACGAGUCACAAGGGGAUCCCGUGAACGUAUUAUCUUCAGAAACCGAACCCGGUAAAACAGAACACGAAAAGAGGAUACAGUCAGUACCACAGACCUUUGAAGACGACCAGUUUCCUGAAUCCUUUAAGAGCACCGAAGUGAGAAUAGAGCAGGACGAAGACAAUUGUGACAUCGACCAUAAAGAUUAUUUUAUUUCUGCAGAUGAUAUUAUGUGUUUUGCGUGGCAGAUUGCUAAGGGAAUGGUGAGUUGAAUCUUUCUAUAAGAAGAUAUCAUUCAAGCAAUCCCAAAUAACGAGGUCUAAAAUAAUUCGUUGCCGAAAGAUGGGUUAAAAAAUGCUCAUGCAAAAAUGGCUGAACCUCGUUUCUUUUUGUCAUAUUUAGUAACCAUGGUUACUUGCUAGCCAAAAUCUGUCUAAGAAGUAAAUGACCAGUUUCAGAGGAAAAAGAUUCACGGAAGGGGCUACCAAGUAGAUAGAGAACAGUAAAUUUUAUCGUAAUUCUAUUAGGAAUACUUGGCCAGUAAAGGAUUUGUUCAUCGCGAUCUGGCAGCUCGUAACAUCCUUCUUGGUGAAAACAGAGCGGUGAAGAUUUCUGAUUUUGGAUUGCUACGCCGCACCGGUGAAAGUGAGAUAUAUAAGGUGGCAACCGUUAAGAAACUGCCCAUAAAAUGGACGGCACCUGAAGCAUUGCAAACUGGAACUUUUACUUCCAAGAGCGACGUGUAAGUUUCAUGAUAAUUGUGCGAUAUUUCUUAGGCCUAGAUUUACCUCCUACGCAAGCCGGCGUUAAACUAAACGUUUAAGCGUCAUCGCAGAAACCUACUAUACUGUAGACUACGAGUAGUCCCCAUUUUUCCUCAGGGAUAGUAGAGCGAGCGAAACGCAAGAGCGCGUGAAAAUCACCCCACGCGAGAAAAAGCGACACGCGGAGGGGAGAGAGAAAAUUUUUCUCUCUCUCUACCGCGUCUCGCCUUUCUCGCCUGGGUUGAUUUUCACGCGCGCUCGCGUUUCGCUCGUUAAUUAUACUGAGUCAACUUCCUUAAAUUCCCCUACGUUUUUAAAGGGGCUCUGUAACACAAGUUGCCAGCCUUUUUAGCCGAAACCUGUCUUCGCAUCGAUUGAAUUCAAUUUUGUCAUUUAAGACUAUAUUUAGGGACUUAAACUGUUUCCUGUCGUCUUUUGCUAAGGAUAGUAAGGAUGGACACGGAUAUUGGCCAACUUUUUCAAUUUCUAAUGCUAUGCUUACAAUAAUCACCAAAACAUUACUGUGGUUAUUGUUCCCUCAUGACGAAAUUUAUUCAAUAUCUUCUUCAUAACUCUACAGGAGCACUGACUUUGUGUAUGAGUACAGGCAGUAAGUAAAGACUUCAGCACAGAAUUAACCUAAAAUGGUAACACCCUCGUGACAAAGCCCCUUUAACCAAAGACACUUUUCAGCAAGACCAGGUCACUCUUAGGAAAUUUUUGUUGAGCAUUCAAGGAGCUUUUUAAAAGACUCCGAGUAACUGUCUCGCUAAACAACUGGUGAUGAAUAAAAUUACACCCAGUGGUCAGCAUAAUAUUUGGUCGAGAACCGUCAUUAUCUUAGCAUGGGCGAAAACUAUUGACCUUUCUACAUAUAGAAAAAAAUCUAAAAUUAUUGAUGUUAGGAGUCGAAACAAUAGAGAGGAAUAAAAUGAAUCUGAAAUUAAAUGAGUUUCUCUCUUCCUCCCAUCCGAACAUUUUGCAUUUUAAGCUCAAUGUUUUACCAUUUCACCGAUUAUUUGUUUUUAUCAUGCCUCAUUCCUUAGAUGGUCCUUCGGAGUUCUUUUGUGGGAAAUGGCUACCAUGGGUAAGAUAUAUUAAAGGGUUUUACUGAUAUUGGAAUCAGAAUGAUUUCUCAUUUUAAUUGUUUUUAUUAUUACUAUUAUUAUUAUUGAAAAAACUUCAAAAAAUUGCAUCACGCCACACAAUAACAGUUCUUAACGCAUUUCAAGUUGGCUUAAAAUUUCUCUGACCCUUAAUCUUUGAUCAUUAAAUUUGACAUUUUAGGGGGAACGCCUUAUCCCGGAAUUAGCCAUGCCCAGCUGCACAAUGCCCUUAAGACGGGGCAUCGCAUGGAACAACCAAACACUUGCAGUGAUGAAAUGUAAGUAAGCUUAUUGCAGUUAAUAUUUGUACCAAACAAGAAACACAACAUGACGAUAUAUACAUAAUAAACCUUCAAACGUUCAUAAAGCCACUUUCUCGACCACUUCUUUUUAGUUCAUCAGGGAAAAGUCAGAUGUAGUAUAUAAUACUAUUCGACUACCUUCGUCUUCAUGGGUAGCCCGUGAAAUAAUUAAAAAAAACUGAUGGCGCUCUGGCAAGUAAACCUGAGACUUUGCGACACGGCUGCGACUAGGUGUCGGUCAGACGAGGUAAAAUCAUCCUGCAAUUUUAUUAAUGUUCCUAUGGCGUCAUGAACGUCAAUAGUUACUCGCAAAUGCUCCUCUUUAAAAAGGAUAAUUUCAUACCUCCUUGCUACGCUGCCUUCGCUUAAGUAAAAACGAAAUCUUAAGUAACCCUAUCGGCUAAACAUGGCAUGGUAAAUAGCUAAGAAGGUGCUAUAUGAUCGUUCAUGUGAGUAUAUUCCUAACUAAGAUUGUUGCUGACUGACCUGCGGAAGUCGUCAUCAAAGUCAAAGUCAGCCGUGCAUCGCCAGUUGAUGAUAUUUAAGUUUCGCUAACGUCACGAUUGAUUAACUCAAACAUGGCAUAAAACAGAGUAUUUGAUCUCAACAGAUACAAAUUAAUGCUGGACUGCUGGAAUGAUGACCCGAACGAACGACCCUCAUUCUCCGAAAUGAUACCAACCCUGGAACAGAUGAUGACAGCUGAUACUCCUUACUAUGAUUUUACACUGUUGGAUGAAAGUCAGGAAUGUUACAAUGAUCAAUGCCCCAGCACCAGCAAAACUGGUGGAUACGACACUCGUUUGUGA